AGUUUACAAACAUUAAUGCAUCAGCUCGAGCGCCGAGGCACGAGGCUAUAAAAUACAUCAAAUACAACUCGUUCAUCCGGUGGUGAUUCUGCCGUUUUGUAUGCGAAGUACUAUGGUUUUACGUUUAAGCAGUUUCAAUUGUUAGCUCGGUGUGUUGUGUCAUAGUCGGUUCCCAUUUCGAAUAGUGUUUUCCUCCUGUCAAAAUGCGUAGCGCCCUCCUCAGUGGUUAGGGAUAAAGUUGGGUUCAGGUUUAGCUAGUUAAGGGGAAUUAGCCCUAUAACGUUAGCCAGGUAACAGAGUUAGUUAGACCGGGAACAACGGUAGCCCGGUGACGUUAGCCCUGUAAUAACGUUAGCCCGGUUCCUACGCUCAUUUGUAACGUAACGUUCAACAUGGAGCAGCCAGCCAGCGUCAACGCAGAUCAUGUUCAACGGUCCGAGAGUACCGCAGGUCGGAGCACACAAUGGCGAAACUGGACUGGAUUCUGGCUCCUCGGAUUGUGCAACAACUUUGCUUAUGUGGUCAUGCUGAGCGCCGCCCAUGACAUCCUCAAAAAACAAGAGACUGCAAACACCACAGCAUCUACUUCAGCCACAUUGGCCAUGGAUUUCCAAGUUGGGAACAGCAGCAACAGUAGCCGUUACGACUGCAAUCCUGUCUCUACUGCGGCUGUGCUGUUAGCUGACAUCCUCCCAACUCUCGUCAUCAAGUUGUCUGCUCCCUUUGUGAUCCACAAACUGCCUUAUGGGUUCCGAGUGUUGUUCUGCGCCAUCAUGGCAGCAACAAGUUUCCUCCUCGUGUCCUUCUCCUCAGCUGUGUGGAUGAGCAUUCUAGGAGUGAUCUUUGCCAGUAUCAGCGCUGGACUGGGAGAGCUGUCCUUCCUCUCUCUCACUGUCUACUUCAGCAGGGAUGUACUGGGAGGCUGGGGCUCAGGUACUGGUGGCGCUGGUGUUGCUGGAGCCCUCCUCUACUCUGGCCUCACCCAAAUCGGCCUGUCGCCCCAGAUGACGCUUCUCAUCAUGCUGGUGGUCCCGUUUGCUAUGCUGUUCAGCUACUUCUUCCUGCUGGUUCUUCCACCUUCAUUACCCCAGUGGAAAAGCCGGGAUACAGAAUACGCAGCCGUGGGCUCCGAGGAUAGACAGCGGCUGAUGGACGAUCCAGAGGAAGAGGAGCAGGAGAAAUCUACCCCAGAGAGGACCACCGGACCGCUCACCCUCACAGAGAAACUUCAUGUCAUCAAAGGCCUGCUGAGGUUUGUGCUUCCCCUGGGACUGGUCUACUUCGCCGAGUACUUCAUAAACCAGGGUUUGAUGGAACUGCUGUAUUUCCCCAAAUUUUCCCUCUCCCAUGCAGAGCAGUACCGCUGGUACCAGACGCUGUACCAAGUUGGUGUGUUGGUGUCUCGAUCCUCCCUGUGCUGUUUCAAGUGCAGGAAACUGUGGACUCUAUCUUUGCUCCAGGUGGUGAACGCAGUGUUGCUCCUGUUGGCAGUGAGUUACCAGUUCCUGCCCAACGCCUGGCUGGUGUUCCUGAUUGUCCUCUAUGAGGGUCUGCUGGGUGGAGCUGCAUAUGUCAACACCUUCUACUUCAUCAGCAAGGAGACUGAAGACAGACAGAGGGAGUUUGCCAUGGCUGCUGCCAGCGUAGGAGACAGUCUGGGCAUAGCUCUGGCUGGACUCGCUGCCUUCCCUGUCCACAGACACUUCUGUUCCCUGUGACCCAGCCCACACACUGCACCAGCAGGAUGAAAAAGCAAGAUGUGGGUGCGUUUUUAUUAGGGAUUUUUUUUUUUAAAUCUGAAAUGAGUUAGAGACCGUCUGACAAAAGACGACUUUACUUUUUUUACAUCAAAAUAUUGAUUUCAUACUGUAUUCAAUGCGGAUUCCUAAUCACCACCAUUGAGCCAUCCAGAGGGAGGUGGACUUUCUUCCAAAACAACUUCCACUGAUAAACUAAUGCUUCUUUUUGGGAUACACUUUCCGGACUGUGAUGUGAGAAACCAUGACAGAGCCUGUUAUCCAUGAUUCCAGUAGUUUUAAACAAGGAGGCAUUGUAAAAGCUUACGCCACUUAAUAUUGUGUUUGCUUGUUUGCACAAAUUGCACUAAAGUCCAAUUCAUGCUUCUGCGUUAAAUCAACGGCAUGGGUACGGACGUAGGUACGUGUAGGUACAGACCCUACGUCAUAGCCUGACGUGCACCUCUCAAAAAAUGUAACUACACAUCAUGGCGACGCAGACAGCAACAAAUGGGAUUGAUCCGCUUGGCCGUGGUUUGGUAGCGUUGCAUUUCCCCCAAGACAUUUCCUUGUUCUCCUUCUUCGUAAACAACAUGAAAUCAAGGAGAGGGUUAACUUUUCCUUGCUACAGAUUUCCAACUAUAGUCACAAAGCACAGGGGAGAGAUGUUGUUUCUCUCACUAUGACUCUCAAGUCGCUACUCGCUCUGAAGCUAAUCACCGCCACUCGCUCUACACACACUCUCCACACACACACACACACAUAUGCCAGCCCUGCUAUUCUCUUAAAGCAGAGAUUGGACCUGCCUUAGGGUGGAAAUUAUUAAUUCUUUGAAAGUUUUAUUUGUAUAGCCCAUUUCAGCAACAGGGCAAUUUAAAGGGCUUUACAUAAAACAUUAAAGAGCAGUUACAAACAAUUUAGAAACAGAUAAAAUACGAGAAUAAAAAGUUACAGUGCAGUAUAAGAAAUUAACGAUUAUUUAAAGAAUUAAGAAAAGAACUGAGAACUGUGCAACUUAUUUUACACAAUAUAUGCAGGGAGUCCCUGAUCCGUCUCUCUUUCAGUUAAGGGGUCAUUGGCUU